UCGCACACACAAAGCCACGACAAGUAUCAGCAGUCAACUCCAGCCUGGUUCAGUCAGACAUUUCCAGACACGGAACAGUGAAAUAAAAUCAUCUCAAAUGGCGUCCCAGAAUUUAGACCCUGCUUUAGCUAUUGCUGCACAAAGGAGAAAAGACAAAUCUUGUAAUUCACCUAGCAAAAAAGAUGGGCAUUCCGUCAGUCUACGAUUGCAAAAAGAAUUGAAGACCCUGAUGUUGUCAUGUAUGGGGAAAGGAAUUACAGCGUUUCCAGAUGGUGAUAACAUAUUCAGAUGGAUUGGAACUCUAGAUGGACCUGUUGGAUCGGUUUACGAAUCUCUAAAGUUCAAGCUUUCUCUAGAGUUCCCUUCACGUUACCCGUAUGUUGCUCCAACAGUCAAGUUUGUUACCCCAAUAUUUCAUCCAAAUGUCGACCAAGAUGGCAAUAUAUGUUUAGACAUCCUAAAAGAAAAGUGGUCAGCAUUGUAUGAAGUCAGAACACUUCUAAUGUCAUUGCAAGUCUUAUUAGCAGAACCAAAUAAUGACAGCCCUCUCAAUGUUCAAGCUGCGGAAUUGUGGUCUAACCAAGCUGCAUACAAGAAGACAGUACUAGAGAAAUAUCAUAAAGCGACAUCAAAAUGAAUGUGUGGGACAUUGUGAUUUCUUUAUGUGACAGAUUAUAUUUAUUACAGACUAUAACCGGUAAUGGCCAACUGUAGAAAUGUACAUAAUGUAAAUAAAAUGAAAGAAAUCAUCUUCCACUGAAUUUGUUAAAAAAAAAAACAGGCCAAUGGUGUACAAAAACAUGAGUAACAAUUAACAAAUGAGAGAAAAUAUCCUCUUUUACUUAGAAGUGAGAGAUGGAUAUUUUAUUGCAUUUGUCAUGACUGAUUGCUGCAAUUUCUGUGAGAAUUUUGAACCUUUGUUUAUAACUAGUGUAGGCCUAUUUUCAAAAGCUUCAGAAAUAGAAUGUGUACAUAUUUCAUGUGGCUUUGUGUAUCAAUUAUUGAUUCGGAAAACACUGAAAUAGACAUAUUUUUAAGGAACUUACCAUUUCACUGAGAUAUGUAUAUCUGAAAAUCAACAUUCUAAACAGUAAUAUUUUUCAUGUUAAUGACAAGGAAUCUUGACUGUUCUGGAUUUGUGAAUAGUGUCAAAGAACAGGCUUGGAACUUGGAAUCAUUUUCCCAAAUAGGUGGAAUACUUAACAGGGUUCAUACUGAUCAAUUUUCUGGAAAGUCAUGAAACAUCAUUGAUCCAAGUAUUCUCUUGCCUCAUGGCUAGCAAAUAAACAUUGGAACUCUUUAUAUCAUUUCAGUGUGUCAUGGAGGACUGGAAGUUUUCUGCCCUAGAAUGUCAUAUAGAAUACAUAUAUUUUUAUGAAUUUGUUCUACUUCUAGGCUUCAAUAAACUACUCCAUGACAGUACUUUUCUGUUUUCAUCAAAAUGUACAAAUUUGAAAGAAGCAAGGCAUUGAUCUAACUUCUUUACACAUGACUAAACUUGAUUUUGCCAUUGUUUCUAUUUCAAGUUAAUUUUCAACCAUGUCAAAGUGCUCAAAAUGCAAUUAUACCUUUUGUGCCAUCAUCUCACUUAAAGGCAUAUAGGAUAACUUUACAAAGGUCUUUUUUAAAGUUAAUAUUGUUCAUAUGGAUUAUAAAAAAAACACCUAGGAUGAAAAAAAAAAUCAAAUAUGUGUAUACACUUUCUAGCCUCUUGUCGAGGCCCUGGCGGCUGCUUCCCAAGUGAAGCAAAGGAUAUAGCAAAGCAGAGCGCAGCGAGCCAGGGCCUCUUGACAUCUGAGUCGAAUUUCACAGACUUUUGUUUUUUAUUGUUUUUACCAAUAGAUGUCAAGAGGCCCUGGCUGCGCUCGCCAGGCCUAAUUCACUUCGCGAAUUAGGAAAUCACUCAGGGAGCUGCUGCCACUUUCAAGAUACCUGACUGAGAAAUCAUCAUUUACUAAAUCUAACAUUUCUAUGAUUUCUUAUUCUUCUGGGAUUCAUUUUUAUAACAUAUCACUUUAACUUGAAAACUGGGACCUUGCAGCUCUGAUUUCUUACAAGUCAAAUCAAUGUUAACCUUUGCCUCUAAGAUCAUAUGUAUUUUGUAGUUUUUUUCAUUAUCAUUGUCAGUGGAAUGCAUUCAACUCAACACAGAAUGUAUUUUCUUUUCAAUGUUGAAUAAUCAUGAAGACUUGAAAAGUGAAAUCAUGCAUUUAAGAAUGAAGUGAUUUUAUUUUGCUUUAACCAAUAAUUCAAUGAAAAAUGCUUGUAAUGCCUGGUUUCUUUUUCGGGAAUGGGGGGGGGGGGGGGGUGAAGGUAGUUGAUUUAGGAUAUCAUUCAUAUUUUUUUAAUGACAUGAACGUAUAGUUGAAUCACAUAUAAGUUGUGAGAUUUGUGUUUCAGCUUUAAUGCCAUGCCAGAGGUCUAUAUGUGCCUGCAUUAUUUUUUUGUAUCCAGUGUCCAUUCCAGUUGGGCUUGAAAAAUUUGAGGACCAUUUCAUAAAAGUUGUCAGCAUUAAAAAAAUUCUCUGACUGUUGCCAUAGAAACAAUCAGAGGCCAGUGAUUAUCAGCCAAUCAACAACAUCUAAUUUAGUCAUCGCCGACAGUUGUCUAUGGACAAAUGUUACACCCCCUGAUCAGAAGUAUACUGGAGGAAUGGACGAUUAUGUGUUGACAAUGGUCCAUGGUAUCAAAUGAUACUCCAGUAAUCAAACGCAAUUUGAUGAGAAAUUAAUCAUAAACACACAUUUAUGACUUGUAAGUUGUCUUGUAAUGCAACUCUUUCUGCAAGAACAUAAAAACAUUUAGCACUGUGUUCACCUUUUCAUUGCAGUUGAUUGUCACAACUUUUAUGAAACUGGUCCCGAUGUAUGAUUGAUACACAUGUGUUGUAAUUUAGUUUCACAUGGCUUCAAUUUAUUUGUGAUAUUUUCUCGAGAUCCUAACAAAAUGCUAAAUCAUUUUCAAUCUUAGACUCGGAGGCUAAGUUUAAAACAUGGAAGAGAUCAUUUUCACGUAUACAAAAAUAUGUUUUACCCCAAUUUAAUGAGAGCACUGUAUUUGAAAAAAUUUGGAUAUUUUUUUAAAUCAUAUUUUUUAACCAACUAUGGUGUAAUCUUGUUUCAAUUUCUAUUUUAUGUGAAUCUUACAGUCACGUACAAUUUCCACACAGUUAUACAUUAUAUGGUGUUGAACUCUUUUCUCACUCAUGUACAACACUUGAUUUAUUACACUCUUGCAAUGCUGCCGAUAAUUUGAUCAUUCAUCUUAAAGUUGGUUGUAUGCCAUGGGAAAUUAUAUUUCACAUGUCUAUGGUAAACAACUGAAUAUGUGUGUGAGUGUCAUUUUAUAAUGUUUUUCUAUGUAUGAGUAAAAUAAAUAUGUUAAAAUUGAAA